UUGCCGCUGCGAUGAAUCCUGGCCUCCACUGAUGCCAUCGACGUGCACCGAGGCCCAUCGUCACCCAACAGAAACAGCGAGCGCCGUUCGCCCGCCAUGGCUCAAUCCGCCGGCGAGCCAGCAAAUGCUGCGGCUGACGGGGAGAUUCGAGAGUACAAGAUCCACGCGUCGACCAAGUACAUGGAAUUGACGCGGCAGAAGCUGGAGCUGGCUCGGCUGCCUCGCGAGAUUCCCGACGCGAACUCGAGGACGUGGUGGAAUCCCAAGCCAGCCCUCGAGCCGCUCAUUGACUACUGGCUUGAGCACUUUCGCUGGAAAGAGCAUGAGAGGGAGAUCAACCAGUCCGUGCCGCAGUUCAAGAUCAGCUUCCAGAUCUCUACCGCGGAAGGCCCUACAAAGUUACACUUCAUCCACGCCCGGUCGCGGCAUUCACACGCCGUGCCUCUGCUCUUGAUACCGCCGUUCCCCUUUAGCAACCUAUCCUUCCGCCACAUCACCGAUGUCUUUACGAAUCCCAGCGAUGCGACCGCCGACCAGCCCUUUCACCUCGUCAUGCCGUCGCUUCCCGGCGUGGGCUUCAGCGAUUCUCUGCCGGACGGCACGCCCGUCAUCCCCAAGACAUCCGAGAUGUUCGAUACUCUCAUGAAGCGACUUGGGUACGCGCAUUACCUCGCGACCAACUGCGGGUCGUCCAUCACGCCCGACGGCGGCGUCGACUGGAAGGUCAUCAACCACUUGGCUGCCACUUAUCAGAAUUCCUGCCUCGGCGUCCAUUUGAUCUCGCCGCCGUUGAAAGCACCCAAGGCGUUGAAGUCGCCCGUCGAAUGGAUGAAAUUGACGCUGGCAAAGACGCUGCAAACACCCAUUGGCGGCUAUACAAAGGAGGAUAUUGUGGCUCUUCAGAAGAACGAGCGAGAAAGACACAACAAGACGUCUUCUACAGAUCUUCUCCCGCUAGGGCCGUUCGGUGCCGGUGCCUACGAUCCCAAUACGCUAGCUUUCGCGCUCUGCGACUCUCCAACCGGACUGCUGGUGUUUUUCCUCGCCGUCUUCAGGGCGUUGGAUCCUGAAAAAGAGUACACCUCCUUGGAGCUCGUCCAGACAACCAAGCUAACUUGGCUUCCGGGCCCGGAGGGCACACUCCGAUUGCUGGCGGACAGCUACCUUUCAGGGGAGGACGUGAUACCUAGAGCCUCGCGAAAGCCCAAAGCAUCCAUUACAGUGUUUUUGGCCGAUGAAGGGGCGGGACAGGACGCCUCAGGUUCGGCUCAGCAGAGCGCUUCCUCAAGGUCGACCAGUCCGUAUGCGUGCCCCAGCUGGGGCAAGCAGCACUACGACGUCGUCUGGACUGGCCGAGCACGUGGCAAGCAAGGACUGUUGGCCUGGGAGCGACCACAGGUGAUUGCAGAUGGCGCGAGAAACCUCGCCAAGGCCGUGAUGGCCGUGGACAAGAGGCUCCAGGCACCUGUGAACGGAGCUGCUUAGCUGGACGGUUGGUGAAGCAAAAGGGGUUGUCCUCUUUAAUGAAUUCUAUGUAAUUAUACUCCAGUUGAUCUGGUCAUCAUUUGUUCUGAGUAAUAGGAUAUGUUUUUUUU